AUGUCCACCAUAAGGGGCGUCGGCUCUGAUUUGGUCCAGCGUCUGAAUACGAUUUCAGAAGUUGAGAAAUCGAUAGGAAACCUACUUAGGCAUGCGCAGACUUGCAUUUCAGAGUUAUCCAAAGAAAAGCAAAUCAGCAAGACUAAGAUGGAGGAAUCAUCACAGGCUUUUAAGAAGACGUUAACCCAAGUCGAAAAAGAACUAUCCGAACAGAUGAUGUACCUUUCUCAUGUAUGCGUGGGUUCUGCUCAUCAGGGGUCAACAUUCGUCUCUCAGCAGAAUAUAGCAUUGGCAGAAGCUGCUGUAUUAGAUCUACAUCAAGAGCUUGCCGUCAUUACCAGGAAACAUUUUGGCGAUACCGAAAUAUGA